AUGGUCAACAUCGGCCACAUUUUCUUGUGGGCCUUGCUCUUGGUCACCACUUGGGGCACUGAUCUGAGUGAUGAUGAGGCGCUCAAUGACGUUUUAGGCGAACUUGAGUUUGACGACUCCUCGCCCAGAUUAACUCGCGACACUUCUUUGUCGGCCAAGCACAUCGAGAAGAUCGAUGUGAAAUGCGACCAAGGUAAUGGUAUGAUGGUCGAAGUUGAGUUUUCCGAGGACUUCGAUGGAGUCAUCUACAGCCAGGGUUAUUUCAACGACCCCAAGUGCAACUACGUGAAGGGCGAUCGAUCGGGACGAAUUUUCACUUUCACAGUGCCAUACGAUGGAUGUGGCAGCAAGCCCUCAUGCUCCGUUUGCGCCUCUAUCGAGAACAUCCUGAUCAUCCAGGAUGACAGAGACAUACAAAAUAGCUUCGAUAUAGCACGGAAAAUAUCGUGCAGUCGGGGUGAUGAACGCGAGAAAACUGUUUAUUUCAAGCCAUUUGUGGUGGACAUGCUCGAAGUUAUAUCGGUGGAUACUCCAAGUGGGCCUGUGGAGUGCUGGAUGGAAAUCGGAACGGGAACUCCUCCCAAUAUUAAACCCAUUCAGGGAACUCUCACCCUGGGAACUGACAUUACGUUCACCAUCAACGUUAAGCACUCGGAACAGGCAUGGGAUAUAAACAUACUACAAUGUUAUGCCUCCGAUGACAUGGACUUUGAGGCCCGAACAACGAAGAGGUUGCAGCUGUCGGACAAAAGAGGUUGCUCGAUAAAGGAGAAAAUAUUUGGGGAGUGGCGAAAGUUUGACCCAGGCUCCAGUCUUACAUCCACCUACUAUAAUACACUUAAGGCAUUCAGGUUCCCCGACCGAUCUCAGGUGUAUCUAAAGUGUGACAUUGAACUCUGCAAUGGAGCGUGUAAAAGGGACUACACCUGCGGUAGUCUGAGGUCGUUGCCAUGUCCUGAAGGAUCAACUGAUCCUCUGUGUCUACAGGAUCACCUAAUUUCACCGAAGCCUCGUUGCUAUCCUGGCUCCAGAGAGCCAGGCUGCCCAAAGCCCACUUCCCUACCACCCACAACGAUUAGAAUACCAAUAGCCUCAACAUUUACGCCAAGACCACGAUGCUAUCCUGGAUCUAACGAUCCAAGCUGUACGGAGACUACGCAGACUACAUCCCGACCCGUUUGUUCUUUGGGCUCAACUGAUCCUCGCUGUCGCGGUGCGUCGCCGGCAACAAUAAAGCCAAGGUGUUUUCCCGGUUCAAGGGAUCCGGAAUGUCAACCAGCUACUUAUCUUCCACCAACCACAAGAAGAUCCUCUACCAUACCGCGUUGCUAUCCAGGAUCAACUGAUCCUAAUUGUCAACCGGCAACAAGGGCACCUAUUACAACAAUAAAGCCGAGAUGCUAUCCAGGCUCCGAUGACCCCGAAUGCCAGCCUGCAACUUAUGUUCCGCCAACAACCAGAAAACCUCCCAUUACUACAAAGAGACCACGUUGUUACCCGGGAUCUACAGAUCCAGUCUGUCAACCCAGAACAAGGCCAACGAUUACCACAUCGCAGCCAAAAUGUUAUCAAGGAUCCACUGACCCUGAGUGUCAGCCUGCCACUUAUCUUCCACCAACGACAAGAAGAACUACAAUACCAACAACCAGAGUUCCACUAACAACAUCAAAGCCAAAUUGUUAUCCAGGCUCAACGGAUAAUCGCUGCCCACAAACUCCAAGACCAAGGUGUUAUCCUGGAUCACCAGAUCCUUCCUGUCAACCCCCAACGCGUGUAACUCAAAAGCCGCCCACUUCUUCACAGCCGAAAUGCUAUCCCGGCUCAUCCGAUCCAGAUUGCCUCAAUUGCUAUCCGGGUUCUCCCGAUCCAAGAUGUCCCAAAGUGCCAACCACAAAGAAAGCAGGAUGCUAUGAUGGUUCAGAUGACCCCAGAUGUCAACCCGCCACAUACUUACCACCUUCGUCUCGUCGACCACCGACAAUUGCACCCCGUCCACGGUGUUAUCCUGGAUCAACGGAUCCCAGUUGUCCGCAACAAACUCAAGCAACCACGACCCGGACACCUAUUACUACUACUAAGCCUAGGUGUUUCCCAGGCUCCAAUGAUCCGGAAUGUCAACCAGCUACGACUAGGAGGUCUGUAACAACCUCCAAGCCAAAUUGUUAUCCGGGCUCGACAGACAGACGCUGCCCACAAGACCUCGUGACGACAUCAAAGCCGAGAUGUUAUCCUGGCUCAACGGACCCCGAAUGUCAGCCUGCUACUUAUGUCCCACCAACUACGGUUCGGACGACAAUUACAACGUCGAGGCCAAGGUGUUACCCGGGUUCCAGUGAUCCUAGUUGCCAACCUCCGACACCGCGGACUACGCAACAGCCUAGGUGUUUCCCGGGAUCCUCUGAUCCCGGCUGUCAACCUGCAACUUACCUUCCACCAUCUACAACAAGAAAAACGAUUGCUACUACCAAGCCGAGGUGUUAUCCUGGUUCAAGUGAUCCAUAUUGCCAGCCACCAACAACAAGAAAACCACCUACUACAACGCUACCAAAGUGCUAUACGGGUUCAACAGAUCUGGAGUGUCUUAAUUGUUACCCUGGUUCACCCGAUCCUAGAUGCCCUAAGGUCCCAACCACGAAAAAGGCAGGAUGCUUUGAUGGUUCGGAUGAUCCCAGGUGUCAACCUGCCACUUACUUACCGCCAUCAACAAAGCAGACUUCUACAAUUGCACCUAAACCAAGGUGCUACUCAGGCUCAAAAGAUCCAGGAUGCCCUCAAGUUACGCGAUCAACAACAAGGGCUCCCACUUCCACAGCUAGACCACGGUGUUACCCAGGAUCUCUUGACCUCGAAUGUCAGCCAGCUACUUACACGCCGCCGAUAACAAGAGUACCUGUGACAACUAGUCUUCCUUUGGCAACAGCUAAGCCGCGCUGUUAUCCAGGCUCACAGGAACCUGGAUGCCAACCUGCAACUAGGCCACCAAUUACUACCUCUAAGCCCAGAUGCUAUUCAGGAUCUGUAGAUCCCGAAUGUCAGCCUUCAACUUACCUUCCGCCAACUUCUGUUAGAACCACAGUUUCAACUGUUCCCACAACCAGAGUACCCGUAACUACAUCAAAGCCAAAUUGCCAUCCGGGCUCAACAGACCGACGCUGUCCAAAAGAACCCGUAACAAAACCAAAGCCUAGGUGUUACCCCGGCUCACCAAACCCAGAAUGUCAACCCGCCACGUACCUUCCUCCCACAACAAGAAAACCUGCAACUACAUCAAAGCCAAAUUGUUAUCCAGGCUCCACCGAUAGUCGCUGUCCCCAGAAAACACCUACUACUCAACAACCAAGGUGCUAUUCUGGUUCUUUAGAUCCGGAAUGCUUGAAUUGCUAUCCUGGCUCCCCUGACCCGAGAUGCCCCAGAGUUCCUACCACAAAGAAAUCAGGAUGCUUUGACGGUUCAGAAGAUCCAAGGUGUCAGCCAGCCACGUAUUUGCCACCAUCAUCUCGUCGUCCUCCCACAAUUGCACCCAAGCCCAGAUGCUACCCAGAAUCUACAGAUCCCAGUUGUCCACAACCAACUACACCAAUUACAACUCGAAUACCUAUAACUACGCCGAAACCUAGAUGUUAUCCGGGAUCCAGUGCUCCCGAGUGCCAACCAGCUACUUUUUCUCCCCCAACCUCCGCAAAGCCAGUGACUACAUCAAUGCCAAACUGUUAUCCAGGCUCGACAGACAGACGAUGCACGCAGAUACCAGUGACUACAUUAAAGCCUAGAUGUUAUCCAGGCUCAACUGACCCACAGUGUCAGCCGGCCACUUACCUGCCGCCAACGACGAUCACUACGGUUAGGCCAAGAUGUUAUCCAGGAUCCAAUGAUCCAGAGUGCCAGCCUCGUCAAACAACUAAAGCACCGAUAACCACUUCGAAGCCUGUUUGUGAUUUGGGAUCAACAGAUAUUCGUUGCCGCCAGAAACCGCCAACCACUAAAAGACCAAGAUGUUAUGUCGGAUCUACAGAUCCUGAGUGUCAACCAGCCACGUAUCUUCCCCCGACAACUGCAUCACCAACCAUCCCACCAACCAAGCCAAGGUGUUAUCCUGGAUCAACUGACUCCAGCUGUCAACCAAAAACGUAUUCUCCACCGACUUCAAGACCUCCUAUAACUACAUCGAAGCCCAGAUGUUAUCCGGGCUCACCGGAUCCUGAAUGUCAACCAGCAACGUAUCUUCCACCUACGACCAGACGAACUACCAUUCCCACCCCGAAGGCAAGGUGUUAUCCGGGAUCCAAUGACCCUGAAUGCCAACCGACAACGUAUUCACCCCCCACAACAAGAACGCCUAUAACUACACCCAAUCCUAACUGUUAUCCAGGCUCUACCGAUAGUCGUUGCCCUCCGCAACCCAAGUGCUAUCCUGGCUCAUCAGAUCCCGAGUGCCUCAAUUGCUAUCCCGGUUCGCCUGAUCCAAGAUGCCCAAAAAUUCCAACCACAAAGAAAGCUGGAUGCUUUGAUGGUUCGGAUGAUCCAAAAUGUCAACCCGCCACCUACUUACCUCCUUCGUCCCGUCGGCCACCUACUAUUGCACCCAAACCGAGAUGUUAUCCAGGAUCUACAGAUCCCAGUUGUCCGCAACCAACUCAACCUACCACAAUAAGGACACCAUUAACUACAUCUAGACCUAGGUGCUAUCCUGGAAGUACUGAAAGCGAUUGUCAACCAGCCACAUAUUCCCCACCGACAUCUAGAUCACAAAUAACUACCUUGAAACCCAGAUGUUAUCCUGGGUCAAAGGACCCUGAAUGUUCAGCAAUUUACCGACCUCCAACUACAAGGACGCCUGUGACAACAUCCAAACCAAACUGCUAUCCAGGCUCCACAGAUAAACGCUGUCCGCAAGAACCCGCAACAACCCAAAAAUCUAGAUGUUAUCCCGGCUCACCGGAUCCUGAAUGCCAGCCCGCAACUUACCUUCCGCCUACAACCUCGCGCACAACGAUUCCUCCAACUAGACCUAGGUGCUAUCCGGGCUCCAGUGAUCCAAGCUGCCAGCCAACAACGUACUUGCCACCGACAACUCGAACGCCUGUAACUACGGCGAAACCAAAUUGUUAUCCGGGAUCAAUAGAUAGUCGGUGCCCACAGAAGCCUCAAACGACGCCAGAACCUAAAUGUUACCCAGGGUCUUCAGAUCCCGACUGUCAGCCUACCACGUAUCUUCCGCCAACCACACCAAGGCAAACAAUUCCUACAACCCAGCCUGGGUGUUAUCCCGGAUCAAGCGAUCCGUAUUGCCAAACACCAACAACAAGAACGCCUUUCACAACCCCAAAACCAAAUUGUUAUCCUGGUUCCACGGAUAGUCGUUGUCCACAGAAGCUACCCACUACUUCGCAGCCCAAAUGCUUCCCUGGAUCAUUAGAUCCGGAGUGUCUGAAUUGUUACCCUGGUUCGCCCGAUCCCAGAUGUCCUAAAGUGCCAACCACAAGGAAAGCAGGAUGUUCAGAUGGCUCAGAAGAUCCAAGAUGCCAGCCUGCGACGUACUUGCCACCUUCAGCUACAAAAGCACCUAAGCCAUAUUGUUACACGGGAUCAACAGACCCUAGGUGUCCGCAACCAACUCAGCCUACAACCUUCAGGACGCCAAUUACGACAACGACGUGUUACCCAGGCUCUCCUAAUCCUGACUGCCAAACAGCAACAAUACCCCCUGCAACAACUUUGAAGCCAAAAUGUUAUUCCGGGUCUAAUGAUCCCGAGUGUCUACCGUCAACUUAUUCUCCUCCGACUACAAGAAUUCCAGUAACCACACCCAUUCCAAAUUGUUAUCCGGGCUCGAAGGAUACACGCUGUCCACAGACGCCAGUAACUACACAGAGGCCUAGGUGUUACCCCGGCUCGAAGGACCCCGAAUGUCAACCCGCUACUUACCUCCCACCGACAACGGCAAGGACAUCGAUUCCGACGGUUAGGCCAAGAUGUUAUCCGGGCUCUAAUGAUCCAUAUUGUCAACCAGCUACAAACACGCCUCCAAUAACUAAGCCGCCUAUCACUACACCCAGUCCCCGCUGCUAUCCGGGCUCAAAUGAUCCCUCUUGCCAGCCCGCCACUUAUCUUCCACCCACAGCUGCUAGCAGAUGCUAUCCCGGUUCCAGCGAUCCUAAAUGUCAACCUGCCACAUAUGCUCCUCCUUCGACAAGAGCUCCUUUAACAACAUCCAAGCCCAACUGUUACCCCGGCUCCACGGAUAGUCGCUGUCCCCAGAAACUGCCAACGACACCUAGACCAAGGUGUUAUCCAGGAUCUUCAGAUCCUGAGUGCCUGCCAGGAAUAACUUCCAGACCUCCGAUUGCCGGAACCACGCCGGUAUACUGCUACCCAGGGUCCAUCGAUCCACGUUGCCCUGAUUCUGGGUACAGGGGCACAAGCCGAAUUCCAGCCACGUAUCUGCCGCCACUGAGUGAUCCUGGCUACGAUAGAACUAUUCGAAAUGCGAAGACUCUGUUCUUUAACGAAAUCAAUCACUUGGCAUUCACGGAUAACAACGUCUUCGAGCUCGACGAUGAUGAAGUCGAGAAAUCGAGGGUCAAACGCGCGUUGAAAUUUGACGAGGAUGACCUCCUGUCGAAGAGAAUCAUGAAGCGCGAGUCCAACGAGCUUUCUUCCGAGCAAGAAGUGAUUUCCCUAACCCUCGGAGUUAGAACUGGCAUCAGUUUAAAAUAGUCGUUGGAGGUCUAGUAGAU